UCCCUGCUCCUUGCCAUGGACCAUAUUCCUCUUGUGCUGGGCUGGGUCCGCUCUCACGACGACAUGCUGUCGGCGGCCGCGCUGGUCUCGUUCGUCGCUUGCUCGCUGCUGCCGCACACGGCCCAGGCCUCGGCCCAGGCCGUCCGGGAUGCGCUGCUGGUGCCGGGCGCCUGUCCGGAGGGGUGGCUGUCGUGCCCAGGCGACAAGCGCUGCCUCGCCGCCAGGUACCUGUGCGACGGCAACGCGGACUGCAUCCAGGCCGAGGACGAGAGGCUUGCCCAGUGCCGCGUCGCCUGCCAGACGGGGUCCUUCUACUGCGAGACGGCGUCCGGCGGCAGGUGCUUGAAGAAUUGGCGUCGGUGCGACAAGUGGAAGGACUGCAAAGACGGUAGCGACGAGCUUUCCUGCCCAACUCCGGCCAAGGAUUCGUCGAUGACCUGCACCACCCGUAUAGGGUUCGGCCAGUCCGUCGGGAGGGAGAGAGUCAGCGUCAGCAGGCAAGCCAAAUGCGACGGCUUCUUCGACUGCCCAAACAGUUCCGACGAGAUGAACUGCAAAUCGUGUCCUUAUACCAACACCACGUUCUUCUGCGAUGGGUUUUGCCACCCUAUGGCCAGGUGGUGUGAUAAAUUAAAGGACUGUCGAGACGGUUCUGAUGAGGCCGAAUGCCUUUUCACUACCACCACGUCAACGACAACGACAACGACAACAGAAUCCCCCUCAACCACGACGGACGUACCUCCGACAACGGAGAUUGAACCUGCGACAUCUUCUGACGCUGCGGAGAAGUCCGUGACCUCCGGCUUGAGCGGCAGUCUCAACGUCAGCAUGCCCGAGACCUCCAAUACGGCCGGGCACGGGUCCUACCCCCCGGGCGUCGGCAACGUCGCGCUGUACACCGGCAUCGCGUUGGUCGCGUUGCUGGUCCUUGUCGGAGUGGCCACAGGGGCGUGCGUCUGGCGCAAGAAACAGUACCGCGUUGCUGAGAGGGAGGCUGGCGUCGUAUCUUUGUCCAACACGCUGUACGUCGAAGACAUCACCAACGAUAGCUUCGACAGAAACGCCUUCCAGGCGUCCGGGCCUCUGCUGGUGCUCUCGCAACCGACCUGUUGACUGUUGAACAGCAGCAGGUUUUAUGUUGUGUUUUUAUGUUGUGUUUUAUUUGUAUGUAUUGAAGCCAGCUUUUUUUUAUAAAAAAACAACAACAACAUAAAAACAUAGGAAAUAUCUGUCCGCAACUGGAA